GUGAACUUGUUCCCCUUCAGAGAUGCGUGGCUGGCCGUUCCCCCACACAAGCCUGACCGCAAAUCAGAAAUUCUGUCUCAAAAGCAUCACGACAAGCCAGUGCCAACCAAUCGCGGCCAUGGCAUGUCUCCCUGAAAUGGACGCUUAUUCGCUGCGGACAAUCCAGGUGGAGGUGAUCCGGUGGGAUGCUUGGCACUACCUGCAGGCUUCGGUGCCGAAGCAGUGUGCCAUCGUAUCACAUCCCUUCUUGGGAUGUGGGCAAAGAAAGUCAUCCUUUCCGGAACGGGAUGCCGCGGUGCGCCAUCGGCAAAGAGAUUUUCAAUGGGGAAUGAAAGACUGAAACGACGAUGGCUGGACUGCGGUUGACCGCAUACGUCAACCUCCAGCCCAAACCGCCCAAGCCACGGUCCGUUCAAAGCCACUGCACAAUGCCGGCCAUUUCGGGAUCUCUCUUAUCGCUCGCCCGCGCCGAGCACUUGCACUGGGCCGACGGCGUUGUCCGCACCCUCCAGUCCCGGCAAAACCCCAAGACAGUCGAGUCCAAGGCCACCGUCGGACCAAUCUAUUCGGGCGAGGGACGUCCAGGAGGAGACGAACACGGCCUGAGGAUCCCUACAAACGUCAUCAUCGCCUCAGUGGUGUCAGUCGUUGCCUUUUUCGCCCUCGUCACAGCGCUCUGCGCCUUGUUCGACUACCGGAGACGGCAAAAAGCCAAAAAGAAGUCAAAUUCGGAGGCGGAGGUGGCGAUGAAGGAAAGGAGUGCGUCCGUCAGUGACUGCUCGGUCGAUGCGCCGCCGCCGCCGUACGAGGCCGCCCACCUGCCAUACCGCCAUCCGGCGGUGGUACACCAGUGGAAUAACCACUCGCGCGAGGUCAACAACAACAAUGAUGCGGAGGGAAAUGUUACGGUCGAGCAUGUUGAGCUAAGACAGACGGUAAUGAAUGGCGUGGAGACAGGGACGGAUGCCAGUGGUGAUAGGAGGUGAUCAUGAUGCGCAUGACGGAUAUUCCAGACAUGGACAUGGCGGGACCGGGGUUGGCGAGCAGACGUGAUGGAAUAUGAGUAUGAACAACCCCAGGUGUAGUUUGUUUUCUUACUUGCGAGUUGGGUUUGUACUCGGGGCCGCUUUGGUGUAUACAAGAAGAGGCC